AUGGCGGCCGCGGCACAGAACGACCAGCACUACGCCAUCAAAGUCGCGGUCGAUAGGAACGAAGGCCAAUUCACAACCGGAGAAUGGGAGGUCGGCCUCUGCGGCUGCUGCACCGACUGCGUGCCCAACUGCCUCAUGACCUCGUUCUGUCCCUGCGUCAGCAUGGCUCAAAUCUCGGCUCGCCUGGGCAUGAUGGAGUACUGCUGUGCUCUGCUGGUCUACCUGGUGCUCUUGCCCGCCACCGGUGGCUGUGCAACUGCUGUGUGGCUCUGCAUGGCGCGGAAGGAGACGCGCGAGAGAUUCGAGAUCCCCGGCGGUUGCUGUGGCGACUAUUUGGCCUCCUUCUGCUGGGGCUGCUGCGCCAUGGCACAACCUCAAGAGCUACAAGCCUGGAAGCUGCGACUUCGGCCCGCAAGACACACUCCCGGCCUACGCGCGCGGCUAACGCGACAGCAAGAGACCGAGAAGACAUUUAUCAACCGCCUUGAGGCUUCAUUCCACAAUUCGGACGCCACUACAAGGACCAAGUCGAAGCGAUUCCAGUGCACUAUGGGUGGCGAGCAGGAUGUUCCCUACGCCAUCCACGUCGAGGACGAGCCGACCUCCAAGGACGACCAGGGCAUAACGGUCGGCAAGUGGGAAGUCGGCUUCUGCGGCUGCUGCACGCACAUGGUGCCCAACUGCCUCAUGUACGACCUCGCGCUCGUGCUCUUCAUCCUGCUGUUCGUCCUCUCGGGUGGCGUGGGAGGCAUUGUCGGCGCCAUUUGGCUCUGCCAGGCGCGCACCCAGACGCGCGAGCGCUUCCAGAUCCCCGGAAGUUGCUGCGGAGACUGCAUGGUCUCGUUCUGCUGCGCCAUGGCGCAACUCGCCACGCACAUCAAGAGCUACAAGCCGGGUGACUGCUCUUUUGGACCUCAGGACACGCUGGCCGCCUACCAGCGCGCUUAG